AUGUCCUCCCUCUCUCGCCGUGCCUGCUACAAAUGUGGCAACGUCGGCCACUACGCCGAGGUCUGCUCUUCUGCUGAGCGACUCUGCUACAACUGCAAGCAACCCGGCCACGAGUCCAACGGCUGCCCUCUGCCUCGCACCACCGAGGCCAAGCAGUGCUACCACUGCCAGGGCCUUGGUCAUGUCCAAGCCGACUGCCCGACUCUGCGCCUGACCGGCAACCCCACCGGCGGGCGCUGCUACAACUGUGGCCAGCCCGGCCACCUUGCCCGCGCGUGCCCUAACCCCAUGGGCCCAAUGGGCCGCGGUGCUCCCAUGGGCCGCGGCGGAUUCGCCCCCGGCUUCGGCCGUGGUGCCUUUGCCGGUGGCCCCCGCCCAGCCACCUGCUACAAGUGCGGCGGCCCCAACCAUUUCGCCCGGGACUGCCAGGCUCAGGCCAUGAAGUGCUAUGCCUGCGGCAAGCUGGGCCACAUCUCGCGCGACUGCACUGCCCCCAACGGCGGCCCCCUCAACACGGUUGGCAAGACUUGCUACCAGUGCGGCGAGGCUGGUCACAUCUCAAGGGACUGCCCCCAGAAGAACCCCAACGGCGAGAUUGCAAACGAGGUAGACCUGGGCACCGUGCCGGCAGCUGCCGCUCCCGUGGCCCCGAUCGCCCCGGUCGCAUAA